CCCAUCUGCUGCUAAAUCACUAACCCACCCACUAUUGCUUCAACAAUAUUCAUUUUGCGACUCUGAAAAUGAUAAUUAUGACAGCUCCACAGCUCAGAAAAAAAAAAAAGUUAAUUGGUUAAAGAUAAAAGAAACAAGACAAAGAACUCAAAAUACCCACCCAGCUUAA